AUGGCCCUGAGGACCUGGUGGUUUGAUCAACGCCUGCUGACUCUGCUGGAAAGUGUCAGCUGGUAUGAGGUGGACAGAUCGGAUGUCCUGGCCGCCAAACGACAUGCUUUGAAGAAGAAUGGGGCCGGACUGGAGCCAGGCCACACGCGGAAGGCCUACCCACUCCUGACAGGCAGUUGGAAGGGCGUGGAAGCUGACCUGGAGGAACCUGGGUGGUGGGAGUCGCUAUUGGCUUCUGGCUUUGACCCGGGGAGCCCGGUCGUCUGGCUUGCCGAGGGACUUCUCAUGUAUCUGGAGGGCAAGAGCGUCGCCAGCCUCUUGUCGACCAUUUCAAGGCUGUCCAGCCAGAACUCCGCCCUGCUGACAAUGAGCCUCACAGAGAGCAUGCUGAACAGGCUCAGCGGGGUGCGCUCGCCCCGGGCCGAGUUGAUUGCCACUUGGAAGUUUGGCUGCCCCACCGACCCCACAGAUUACUUUGCGGCCUUGGGCUGGGAGGUGGAGAGCAUCAGCACGCGGGCCGACAUGGCGACAGCCCUGAAACUGGAUCCCGAGAUAUGCCAGAAGAGCCCAUCUGCUUCGCCUGGAGGUGGCACAUUGUUUAUUGUUGCAGCCCCUCUGGCCCCCUCUACCGAAGCGAUCUGA